UUACUUGGCUAUUGCAUGGAUUUGUCCUUUCAGGGCCAACCACGUGAGCCAGAGCAGCUGCGGAAGCUCUUCAUUGGAGGGCUCAGCUUUGAAACCACAGAUGAUAGUUUGCGGGCACAUUUUGAACAAUGGGGAACCCUAACAGAUUGUGUGGUGAUGAAAGAUCCAAACACCAAACGAUCCAGGGGCUUUGGGUUUGUCACCUAUUCUAGUGUAACUGAAGUCGAUGCUGCUAUGGAUGCACGCCCCCACAAGGUCGAUGGUCGGCUCGUAGAGCCCAAACGGGCUGUGUCUCGUGAGGACUCCAACAAGCCAUUUGCUCACACAACUGUGAAAAAGAUUUUUGUGGGUGGGAUUAAGGAUGACACCGAGGAGAACCAUCUUCGUGACUAUUUCGAUGUGUUUGGAAAGAUUGAAGUCGUUGAGAUAAUGGUUGACCACAAGACCGGAAACAAAAGGGGCUUUGCCUUCGUUACGUUUGAUGACCAUGAUGCUGUUGAUCGUAUUGUCAUUCAAAAAUACCACACUGUAAAUGGCCACAACUGUGAAGUCAGAAAAGCUCUUUCUAAACAAGAAAUGGCGAACACUGGCAUGAACAUGAGAGGCCGAGGUGGUGGUGGCGGCGGCGGUGGCGGCGGCAACAACGGAGGUGGAAACUUCAACAGAUAUGGCAAUAAUGGUGGCUACAACAAUGACUUUGGAGGCGGUGGUGGGGGCGGUGGCAACCGCGAUGGAUACUUCGGAAGAGGAGGUCGAGGAGGUAAUGGUGGAGGUGGUGGUUAUGGAGGGGACUGCUACAACAAUGGCUUUGGUGGAGAUGGUGGUUAUGGAGGUGGUGGAGGUGGCGGCGGCAGCGGACCUGGUAACUAUGGUGGAAAUCGUGGAUAUGGAGGAGGUGGAGGAGGACAAGGUUAUGGCAACCAGGGCGGCGGAGGUUAUGGUGGUGGUGGAAACAGUGGUGGUGGAUAUAAUGACAAUUACAACAAUGGCAAUGGAAACUUUGGAGGUGGCAACUUUGGUGGCGGCGGCGGUGGUGGUGGCGGCGGCGGCAGUGGAGGCGGUAACUACAGUGACUUCGGCAGCUAUAACAACCAGCAGUCCAAUUAUGGUCCCAUGAAAGGGAACUUUGGAGGUGGUGGUAGCAGCGGAGGAGGGAGGAACAGUGGCCCAUAUGGUGGUGGCUAUGGAGGUGGAUCUGGUGGUGGUGGUGGUGGAUAUGGUGGUGGCUCUGGGGGUAGACGGUUUUAAACUCAGAAAAGGACUGAGUGCUUUAGGAGAGGACAGCAAGAGAAGUGACAGGGCAGAUGCAGGUUUACAUCCCUAGAUCUGCUCAGCCAAACAGGUUUGGCAGAUUUACAGCUGCCACCAGAAGAAGUGUACAGUAGUGCUAUCGUGUGUGGGACAUCAUGAAUUUGUCAUCAUGCAAACUUAUUUUAUAUUGUCUAUUGAGGAAAAAGCAUUCCAAUGAGGUUUUAUGUAGAAUUACUUUCAGUCGUUAUGGUUUUUAUUUUAUGUAACCAAUCAAGGUGAAAUAAAACAUAAUUUUUGUUUUUUUUAAAAGAUGUGCUGUGUUAGUCAUUUUUGGUUUCUGGGGGUUUUAGUGUAGUAAUCUUGAAUUUAAUAUGUGAGUUUCUAAGAGCCUUUUUAGUAGUAAUUCAAUUUUAAAGAACCUUCUGGCUCUUAAAAUAGAAAUUCGUUCUUGUUAAAUUGUAAACUGAUUCAAAAAGCAUUGGCUGUUAAAUGCAAAUGCUUAGAGUAGUGUACAUUUGGUUGCAUAUCAGUCUAGCCAUGGGAGCAAGCUGAGAAAGGAGUAGCAAGAUCAUCGCCCUGUGAAGAAGCAGAGAGCAGGGAGUACAGGGCGCUACUCAAAGACUAGCAGGCAGCGCUUUUAAAACUCCUGUAGGUAAGAACAGACUUCUCCACUACCGCUGGUAACUAAGAAUUUUAUUAGAUGAAGCUGUACAGUUAAUGUGAACUUCCCAUUCAGUGUUGUGUAUUACAGAGGAAGUUACUGCAGUCAGCAUAGUUUGGUGACACUUUAAUAAAAUUGAAACAUUUAAUGCAUGACUAGUUAUUUUUCCACAUGUUCCAUAUUUAACUUGCUAACCAUGAUAUUUUUGCUUUUUCAGGAUCUGAAUGAAUCAUCUCUUGAAAUGAAGACAUGUUUGUCCUUUUAAACUGGUGCUAUAAUAAAAGGUAGUUGCUUUUGUAAUGUAAUUUUCAUGUUUACAGUCUCUCUGAAACUCACUCUUUUCUCUCUUUCUAGGACAAAGAUGCAGCUGCAUAGUUUUAUUUUUAUACCUGUGGUUUUUAUACUUUUUACAAAUAAAACUUUUAAUGCAA